CAAGCAUGCAUGUUCACCAUAAGAAUCAGUCCAUCCUCCCAAUGGUUGAGGCAGUUUAAUAUCUCAACAGAAGCAAUCAAUUCACGCUAAGAUGGCUGAGACGAACGAACAGCCUGUUGUUAUACCGGAUGAGCAGGAGGAUAAUGAGUCCACGUUGGGUGAGGACUCUGCAUCUACUACAGCGAGUGUAUCUGAGUCAAUCUUCAAUUACCGCUGUGAAAACGGGAGGACGUAUCAUGCUUACAAAGACGGCAAGUAUGUCUUGCCGAAUGAUGAGAGGGAGAAUGAAAGAUUAGAUCUACAGCAUAAUCUGUUCCUUCUCACCUUUGGCGAUAAGCUUGGCCUCGCACCACCAUGUCAUCCAGACGCAAAAGUGAACCAUGUCUUGGACCUGGGAACUGGCACGGGUAUUUGGGCAAUGGACUUUGCGGAUGAACAUCCAGAAGCAGAAGUCAUCGGCGUCGACCUCUCCCCUAUUCAACCAAGCUUCAUCCCCCCUAACGUGACCUUUGAGAUUGACGAUAUCGAAGACGAGUGGACCUACUCAAAGCCAUUUGACUACAUACACAGCCGUUUCAUGACAUCCUGCAUCAGCGACUGGAAGAAAUACCUCACCCAAUGCUUCCAAAACUUAACCCCCAACGGCUAUCUCGAACUCCAAGAAGCAGAUCUCACCAUCAAAUCCGACGACGGCACCGUAAAGCCCGAUAACGCACUCCUCAAGUGUCUCAAGCUCCUACAAGAGGCAUCAGAGCGGUUCGGGCGUCCUUAUGUAGAUAUCCCAGCGCUAGUAGACCUUAUGACGGAGAUUGGCUUCGUGGAUGUCAAGAUCGAGAGGUUCAGGUGGCCGAGUAAUUCGUGGCCGAAGGAUAAGAAGUAUAAAGAGCUGGGGGCUUGGUGCUAUGAGAACUUUUCGAGUGGUUUGGAGGCAAUUACUAUGGCGGCGCUGACGAGGGGCCACGGGUGGAGUGUGGAGGAUACUACUGUGUUUCUGAUGGAUGUGAGAAAGACUAUGGGGGAUAGGAAGGUUCACGCCUACUGGCCGAUUUAUUCCAUUUACGGGAGGAAGCCGUAGUAUAGUAGUCUGAAGAGAGAGCGUUGGUGUUGCGGUACCUGAGAACGUGGGGCUAAGCGCGAGGAUGGAGUUAUGUAACUCAGCUUUCUUUUUGGGUAAAGCUAAGGUUUCUAUUUCGUAACGCCAUGCUAUUCUUACCGGACAGUUCCUCUCGUGUGACAUCGUACACGGCGUUGAAAUAGACUUGGUACCUCAUGCAGAUCAUGCAACCAAAAGCUCUAGUACAGGGGUCCUAGCGUCACGACAUCGGAUCAACAUCUUGGCGUAACCAAGAUUAUCUUGGACCUAUAACAUCACGGUUCGAGAUUACUGAAGAAAGCAUCAUGGGAGG